CAUGUAUCCGUUCUGUUCUCAGCGCAUGUGAAGUAGAUCUCAAACACAGUUGGGAAGACAUAACGUUACAGAUCCGCGUCGAACUACUUCGUCUCCAACAUUGAGAUUACUUUUUUAAGUAUAAUUUUAGUGGGAACUUAGUGUAUUUAGUUAAAAAUAGUUAAAAAUAAAAUGACUGAACAAUCAGCGCUGCUUCUGCGAAAACAGCUAGCAGAGCUCAAUAAAAACCCAGUUGAAGGUUUUUCAGCUGGUCUGAUUGAUGAUGAUGAUAUCUAUCAGUGGGAAGUUGUUGUGAUCGGCCCCCAAGACACACUUUUUGAGGGUGGAUUUUUUAAGGCACAUCUCAUUUUCCCUCAUGAUUACCCACAUCGGCCUCCGAAGAUGAAGUUUAUUACGGAGAUUUGGCAUCCUAAUGUUGCAAAGAAUGGCGAUGUGUGUAUUUCCAUCCUUCAUGAGCCCGGAGAGGACAAAUUUGGCUACGAAAAACCAGAGGAGCGCUGGCUACCCAUCCACACCGUAGAGACUAUUAUGAUUAGCGUCAUCUCCAUGUUAGCCGACCCCAACAGCGAUUCGCCGGCGAAUGUGGAUGCAGCUAAAGAGUGGAGAGAAGAUCCCAACGGUGAGUUCAAGAGGAAGGUCGCUCGAUGCGUGAGAAAAAGCCAAGAGAUGGCAUUCGACUAAAGGCCCCAUCGCUGUUACGUUUGUUAGUUUAUUCAUAUGCUGUGGUAUCAGUUCCCGUCUUCAUAUCAUAAAGUCAAACUUAAUAGAAUUUCAGUUUGGUUUAUUUCCCGAUUUCUGUGUUGAUUUUAAAACUCAUUAAAAGCUCAUAUCAACUUAGGUUUAACCGAUGUGUCUGUUAAAACAUUUUGUGUGGCAAUGCAAGUCAAAUUCUAUCAAUCAUCUCCCCCCAGAUGAGUCUGUUGUAAACUUUCGAACAGGGACAGUUUUGACAGAUUUUGCACAGAAUCAGAUUUUUUUUCUUCUGAAUGUGUGAGGCAUAGCACGUAUUGUCAUUAUCAAUCCCACAUCCUCUAGUGUGUCUGAAUUAUUUAUUAUCUUAAUUAUGAUGAAAUGUAUUGCAUGACAUUUGUGUUUUGACUCGCUUUUUUAUCUGCCACUGAGCCAUCAAUUUUGAACAAAGUCUUUUAUGCAAUUCUGGAGUGUUUUGUGUGCAUCUAUGGUACCAGAAGAGGUUGAUGGUCAGAGCCAAUGCUGAUUUCCCUCCUCACUGACAUGUCAGACAGCCCCGCUCCCUUCAAAACAAUACCACAGGGGUCAUCUCUAUCUCUGCUGCCUUAAGUUGUUGUCCUCAGAAAGGAAAAUUGUAUUAAGUGAUGUCAAGUCUCAAUGUCUAUUACGUUUUUGAGUUGGAAUCCACUUUUGGAUAAAACCAAAAAGUUAGAUUUUGCGUGAGAGACAGAGAAUAUUUUUUGUAUAGAGCUCAAAAGCUGUAUUUUUUGUGUAUGUAAAUAUGAUGUAUUGUACCAUAGCUAUAGGAGUGUUUGUUUGUUCCCCUCACACUUAGUUUUGUAGCUUUGUUUCUGUUCACUCUUCGGUUCUCAAAAGCCACAUCAUGUAAUUGCUCAUUAAAAUGUAGCAUUUGUCUUACAUAUCUAA